UCAACAAAAACAACUACGAACACAGCGGAAACGGCGCAUAUCAACAAAUGAUGCGUCGUCCUAUGGCCAUGGGUCGUCCUAGUGCUUAUCGAAUGACCCAUCCAGCCGACCCCGUAUCGAACCAACAAAGGCCCUUCGACAUCAGACCUCACGAACGCGGCCCUUAUCAGGGCCACAAGAAUAGGCAAAUUAACUACAACUAUGCCGCCUACAAACAGAAAGUAAAUGGUCUAUAUCCACGAAUAAUGCGUCGUCCUAUGACCAUGGGUCAUCCUAGUCAUAUUCAAGUGAGCCGUACAGCCGUUCCUGUACCGGACAGAAAAACUCUACUUGGCUGCGAGAGCGGAGGGUCUAUCUUCGCUUCCAAGCCUGUAGAGUGCGAGAGCUCAACAUAGGUGUCUGAAGUUCGGGCACCUUGACAGGGAUUGCAAGGCGAAGAAAGAUGUAUGGCCGCAAGUGCGGCACCGAGGGACACGUCGUAAAGGACUGCAAGAAGGUGGAAGAUUGCAGAGUCUGCCGUGCGAGAGGGAAAUCUGGUGCGGGACACAGCACUGUUAGUGCCAAGUGUCAUCAGAAGAAGAGAUUAAAAACCAAUUAUCACUUGAGCACCAAAUUAAAACUGAAAACAUCAAUUGUCUGAAGAUGAAAAGUAAAAACGG